AUGUUUGAUAUAUUUUCUGUUACAAAAGACAAGGACGAAAAAAUAAAACAACAAGUAAAUGCUUAUAUUGAAAGAAAUCCCAAUGAAUUUUUAAAUCCUGUUCGAGAUAAUGCAGCACAAGAUAUAGCCUCUUGUUCAAGUCUUGAAACAUGUUGGUCUAGCUUACUAACCUUGAAUAAAUCAAGGUUUAUGAACGGUUGGAAACCUAGCUGCCAUCAGUAUGAUUCACUCUAUGAUCAACUGUUUGAUCAUUAUUUUCAUCAUUAUUCAAAUGAGAUACAACAGUUUGUUGAAAAGCAUUCUCAUUUGACAUGGUUUGUACCUAAAUGGUUUGAGCAUUGCCAACCAUUACCUUCAGGAAGAAUGGGACAAGUGUACCUUACAACUUAUCAUUACAAGAAGCUUAUGGUUCGAGAACUUAAUAUGUGCAUGAUUACACAUGAAAUCGACCAAAUCUACAAUUUACCUAAUGAGCUGCUUGGAAUCACAGCCACUCGUCGAAAAGGACAACACCAUCAUUCGCUUGCAUUUGUCUAUUUAGCUGCACAAACAUCACUCGAACACCUUAUUCCUCAAGUCGAUCAAUGGUCAUUUCAAAAAAUAUUUAGAACAGCACUUGCUAUUGCUUCUGUUGUACGAGAUGCCAAACUAGUCCAUCCGAAUCUUCAACCGCAUAAUCUUUUAUUGUUUCAAAAGUGGUCUCUUGUCGAUAAUUGGUCUAUGGCAACCACCAUGUCCCCUUAUUAUGGCCGAUACCCUUACAUUGCACCUGAAGGAACCCUCACUUCAUCCUCCAAUGUCUACUCGCUGGGUGUGAUCUUAUGGCAGCUGGCAUCAGGCAUUGUCUUUCCUCAGUUCAAUCUCGUAUCACCUGAGAUUUACCGCAUGUUACCCGUGACAGAAAUCGAUCCUGCUUAUACCCAACUGGUACGUGCCUGUCUUUCAAAAUCAUCUGAAAAUCGACCUUCACUUGAUCAGGUGUGUGAUACACUGCUUCAUAUCUUGUUAUCUGAAAUGUCGCGUCCAUGUCAUGAUAAACAGCUACAUGCGUAUAGUGUCAAACAGCGUCAGUUAGCCGCAGCAAAGUAUUUGGCAGGAUGUCAAGGGUCAUCGUUGGAUAUUCAAGAGUUGCUAGUGGGUGCUUCUAUGUCAAAGCGAAUGAUGUUUCAGGUGACUGUAUCCUAUGAAAGAUACAAAAAGCCAACGACAACGACGGCUAUCAUACCCAAGCAAGAAAAACAGAACAGGACUCAUCCUACUUACCAUGACACUCACGCGUGUCAUUAUGUAUAUAGCAAUGAUUUGAGUGAUUUGAUUCAAAUGGGCUCAGUUGCAUGA